AUGCUUCGCUCAGGAAGCUCCGAACGCACACAACCAGCCAAUCAAUGAAGGGCAGCCGGGUAAAGGCACCAAACCAAACCUCCCUGCACGCUGGGGGUGUGCGUGAAAUCUCAAGGUCGAUGUCAAAGGGAAAAGCAGAUUUCUGCCUCGAUCCAUGGAACAAAGCGUGUCUAUGAGAAGAAAUAGCAGUGAGAUGUGCUGAUUUCUGACUGAGUUCAGGUCUUUCCCUCCAUGUAAAACACGACCUCUUCUGAACGCACCCCUUGUCUUGCUGGGGAACAGCUGACUGCAAAGGCAGAGCCUGGGAGGAGGGAAGCAGACCUGACUGCUCCCACUGACAGUUCCCAUUGCGCAACUUCUCUUCCUUGGAGGAAAAGGUGGCUCACAAGACACGGCCGGGAACCACGCACCCUCAAACUGCUGCUUCAGGCCACCGCUGGCACAUCUGAUCUUUUGAAGGUGGAAACAGGCUUGACAUCUCAGCCCAUCUCAACACUGCUGGUGGCAAAACCAGAAGCUUUGAAGAGUUACCUGAAAGGUUCUGCAAUAGUGGGACCCUUUACAGGAGUGACUCCAGCACCCAGCAGUCAGGAAUCACCUGCUAAGGGAGGGAAGAUGCUGGCAGCCCACUUUGAUUGCCCAGGAGGCCCAGAAAAUCUCUACGUGAAAGAAGUGAUGAAACCACAUCCAAGAGAAGGAGAAGUUCUUGUGAAAGUCUCUGCCAGUGCUCUGAAUAGGGCUGAUUUACUCCAGAGGAGAGGGAAGUACCCUCCCCCCAAGGGAGCAAGUGAUAUUUUAGGCUUAGAAGCAGCUGGGAGUGUGGCUGGGCUCGGACCUGGCUGCACUGGGCGGUGGAAGAUUGGCGAUGCAGUGAUGGCUCUGCUCUCUGGAGGCGGCCAGGCUGAAUAUGUUACAGUACCUGAAGGCCAUCUGAUGCCAGUUCCCAAAGACAUUACAUUUGUUCAGGCUGCAGCCAUUCCUGAGGCUUGGUUAACAGCUUUUCAGCUGCUGCAUUUUGUAGGUAAAAUACAGAAAGGGGAAACAGUGUUGAUCCACGCUGGAGCUAGCGGGGUUGGUAUGGCAGCCAUUCAGCUGGUGAGACUGGAAAAUGCUAUUCCCAUCGUGACAGCAGGAACUCAGGAGAAACUGGAAGCAACAACAAACGCUGGAGCAGCUGCAGGGUUCAACUACAAGAAUGAAGACUUUAGCGAAAAGGUCUUGGCCUUCACUCAAGGUUCUGGAGUAGAUAUUAUUUUAGAUUGUGUUGGUGGCUCUUACUGGGAAAAGAAUGUCAGCUGCUUGAGAACUGAUGGCCGGUGGGUUAUUUAUGGACUAUUGAGUGGAGGUGAAGUUCAUGGAGAUUUGCUUGCAAGGCUGCUUUCCAAAAGAGGGAGCAUCCACACAAGUCUAUUAAGAUCACGAGACAAGGAGUAUAAGGAGCAGCUGGUGAAAGCCUUCAUAGAAAAUGUGCUGCCCUAUUUCUCUGAAGGAGCCUCUCCGCAUCUCCAGCCACUUGUUGACAGCGUUUACCCUCUGCAUGAGAUUGUGGAAGCACACAGGAAAAUGGAAGAAAACAAGAACAUUGGCAAAAUUGUUAUUGAAAUGCCACUGAAAUCACCCUAAAGAAAGGCCCUCUGCUGUAGUUGCUUUACGGGUAGGAGCACUAUGGAUGCCUUAAAAGCUGAGUUUCUGCUAUUUCUGCUUCCAAACUGGAAAUGAUUUAUUGUGGAAGACGCAAAAAAAUGAGGGCCAAAGCAAAGCCUUACAGGAUAUGUGAAUAAAAAAAGCAAUUCACACUGCA